GAUCAACAAACAAAAAUCCCCAAGUUUCCGGCACUCUUCGCUCUCCGAGGCGUCCGACUUGCUCAUACCCAGAAUACAAUCCAAUUCUCUCUCUCCUGCGGCACCGCGCCAAGCCGGGUGCUGCGAUCAGCAUGGUUCUUGCACCCCGGCCCUCGGAUCCGGAGGUCAACCCGGACAGGGGCUCCGGAGACCGGGACCCGAAUGAGACGGGGCCGGUCGGGGUCGUCCAGGACAUCCCAGAAACUCAGGAGAUUGACUUUGUCACAUUGGGCAUGUUUAUCAUCGACGAGAUUGAGUUUCUCCCACAGAAGCCCCCAGCCCGCGACGUCCUCGGCGGCGCCGGCUCCUACUCAGCCCUCGGCGCCCGCCUCUUCUCUCCGCCCCCGUCCUCCAAGACGGUCGGCUGGAUAGUCGACCAAGGCUCUGAUUUUCCCCCUUGGAUCAAGUCCCAGAUCGACAGCUGGCAGACCUCGGCCCUGUUCCGCUACGAUCCGUCCCGCCUCACCACCCGCGGCUGGAACGGCUACACCGACGCUUCGGAGCGCCGCGCGUUCCGCUACACCACGCCCAAGAAGCGCCUCGUGGCCGAGGACCUCACCCCUCCCCUGCUCCAGGCCAAGGCGAUCCACCUGAUCUGCAGCCCCCGGCGGUGUCAGGAGCUCGUAACCGACAUCCUCGCCCGGCGCAAGGCCGCCUACUUCUCCUCCUCCCUGCCUCCUCACGACCCCCGCGGCGAAGGGUACACCCGCCCGCUCAUCAUCUGGGAGCCCGUGCCGGACCUCUGCGUGCCGUCCGAGCUGCUCAACUGCACCAAUACCCUGCCGAUGGUGGACAUCUGCUCGCCUAACCACGCCGAGCUGGCCGGCUUCCUGGGCGGCGACGGGCUGGACCCGGAGACGGGCGCCGUCAGCACCGCCGCCGUCGAGAGCGCCUGCGAGCAGCUGCUCGCCAGCAUGCCGCUCCAGAGCUACACCCUCGUGGUCCGCGCCGGCGACAAGGGCUGCUUCGUCGCCCGCAACGGCGGCAGGAAGAAGAAGGUGAUCGCCGGCGGCGGCGGCGGCGGCGGCAGCGGUGGUGGUGGUGCGGGCGGAGACCAGGCGGCGUCCAAGCCCAAGAAGAAGAAGGAAUACAUCCGCGGCGGUCUCACCCCGGACAUGGACAUGGAGGCGCUAUUUGCCGGCCUGAUGCAGGACGAAGAGGGCCGGGUCGCGCGGGAGGAGAUCGAGAUCGACCCGGGUCUCGAGAAGUGGAUCCCCGCUUACUACGGCGACGGCUACGGGAAGGGAGAUGCGAGGGAGAAGGUCGUCGAUCCGACGGGCGGGGGUAAUACCUUCCUCGGCGGCCUGUCGGUCGCCUUGGCGAGAGGGAAAUCGAUCGAGGAGGCCUGCGCGUGGGGCCACGUAGCGGCCAGUUUCGCGAUUGAACAGGUCGGCUUCCCGGUGCUGGGCGUGGACGAGCAAGGACGGGAGACGUGGAACGGCGUUCGCGUGGAAGACAGGUUGCGGGAGUUUCAGGAGCGGCUUUGACUUGCGGAGGGUCACCUUGGUUCUCAAGGCAACAGGUAUAGAGAGAGCGGCCUGGAUGAUAAUCAAAUAGACAAAGUGCCCAUAUCGACUUUGCGUUUUGAACUAUAUAGUCCGAGCAUGGAAAUAUGACCGAGCUGGCCAC